AAAAAACUAACGCACCCUUCUAAUCUAAAAAUAUUUUGAUUCCUUCUCUCUCAUAUUUUAUGUACUUUUAAAGUAUAAUGAAGAAACUGAUGAGGAGACUGUCACGAGUUAGGGUAAACCACUCGACUCAGUACUCAAUGCUCCGAUCCGAGGCAUCCGAUCCUCCUGCGGACCCCACCAAGCGAAGACCCGACGUACCGGAAGGGCAUUUCCCGGUUUACGUCGGGAUGGAUCAGACGUCGACGCGUAGGUUCAUCGUCAGUGCUGAGUUGCUGCGGCGUCCGAUCUUUGUUGAGUUGUUGAACAGAUCGGCUCAAGAGUACGGGUACGAGCAAAGGGGAGUGUUGAGGAUCCCCAUUAACAUCGUCAUAUUUGAGCGUGUUCUUGAAUCUCUCAGGCAAGGUCGAGAUCCCUCAAGCCUAGAUGAAUUGAUCUAGGUUUUUUACAUAAUUACUAAGAUAAAAAUAAAAUAAAAUAAAAAAAGAAGAAAGAAGAAAGAAUGUUGUUUUUCCUUUCUUUCUUUCUUUCUUUCUUUUUUUCAAAAAAAAAAAACCGAUAAUUCUUAUUAGGUGAGAUUCCUCGUUGUCCUUUGUAUAUAAUGUGGUGAAGGGGAAGUAGGUUUCUUUGCUGUAAAAUAGCAGUUAGUUGAAAAACCAGCAAAAUUAAAGUUAAGACUCUUUUCUUUCCUUAAGAAAUUUGAUUAUUAUAAAUAAUAAAAAAGAAGCGAGUUUUUUU